GCGAUAUUAUUCAUUCGUCUAGAACACCUCGUAGCCAUCGGGUCAAUAUGCGUGCCCUCAUUAUUCUAAGCAUUCUGGCUGCGGCAAGUGCCGGCAGUUUGUCCGGAUAUAAUUACGGACAAGGUGCGACCUCCAGUAUCGGGGGUGGUGGUGUAUCCCCAGUUGCUGCACUGGCGGGACCAGUUAGCUACAGUGCCGCUCCCCAGUCCUCCGUUCACAAGGAGUUCUACAGCUUCUAUGCCAACGAUGACGACUUCGAGGAUAAGGGUGCUCUGCAGAGGGCACUUGCUUCGGUAAAGAAGAACAUCCGUGUGAUCUUCAUCAAGUCACCGGAGAACCGUGGCUACGAGAACGCCGUCUUGGCCCUGGCCAAACAGGCUGCCCAGCAGCAAACGGCCAUCUAUGUGCUGCACAAACAGACUGACAUCAACGAGCUGGCCCAGAAGUUCAAUGCCGUGCGCCAGAAUGCCAACAAGAAGCCCGAGGUGCACUUCGUCAAGUACAGGACUCCCGAGGACGCUGCCAAUGCCCAGCGGGCCAUCCAAUCGCAGUACGAUCAACUGGGCGGCUCCAGCCAGUCCAUCAACGGGGGCGUGGCCAACGCCAUCAACUUUGCAUCUCAGGGAGCUGCUCCCGCACGUGCUACUCCUCAGCAGGUGCCACAGAGCAACUACCUACCCGCCAACAUUCUAAGCCGCCUGCGCCACUAGAAAAUCGUCUUGUUAAAAAUUGUUUUUGAAUAAAAGUUAUCUAAUAUGUUUACGUAAA